AUGGUUUCUCACACACGAUCUCGGAGCAAGGGCUCGUUCUCUAUCUUCUCCUUUGACACUAUCCGGUCAUUCAGUCGUGCUGGUUCACGACAAGCAUCCCGAAUCCCCUCAAAGGAUGAACUGCGUGAUCGAACAGAAUCCAGUCUCUCUCAUCGAUGUGAUCCCAAUGACCAGCCGCCAGCCUCCCCUGAGCCGAUUGCCCCCAACGAUGUCGUGGAGGGCUCUGCACAAGAAUUGGGUAACCGUGCUCAAGACCAGCAACCUCAGGGAGAAGCAGAGACCACUGUGCAGCAGUUCCACAGCACACGUCGUCGGGCACAUCGACUGCGUCCCAAAUCGUGGCUGUCCUUUUCCCGUUUAUCGUCCCAAAGUCCCUAUCCUCGCAGCAUCUCCACUCAGCUGCCCAAGACGUCUAGUACUUCCACAGUUGCUCGCAGUGUUAUCUCCGCUCCCGUCCUUACCAGUACCACCAACGUCUCGGUGGCUCGUGCUGAAAGAGUCCACUGUGGAGAAAUAUCUGAUGUGGCCUUUGCUCAAUCCACUUGGAACUCGCAAGUCGGCUGGGUUGCAACCAGCAAUCAGGACCCUGGGGAAACGCGACGGGAUGCAAAGGCUUCUGACGGGCCUCAUGGUGAGAGCCUCGGGCCGCCUACCGGUCUGACAACGCCGAAAAGAGGCCGGAUCCUGCGGCUGAAGAAUGCGAUUAGGAGCAGGGUUCGAAAUGGAACUUCACACCCACAAAGUGUAACCGCACAGCAGGAACAUGAUCCUGAGACAGUCGGAGACGUAGAAGGCGACCAAGACCCGACGUUGAAGAGAGAUUUGUCCCGUCGGCGAGCAGAGACUGUGAAUCUCUACAAAGGCAAAAUCAAAAGACUUACAGGACAUGGCCACAUUCGACGCAAGUCUGUCAUCAUCAACAAAGGUGCAGCAGAACCAAGAGGCGGAGAAUCGCCUCUCCUUGGCCGCGGCGAUAUCAUAGACGUUCCCACGACUGAUUUGGCUGCCGAACACAGCGACAACGAGUCUGCAUUUGGCUCACUCACCAGAUCAUUUGCCAGUGCCGUUGACAAACUUGACUUCUACUCGAGCGUGCCACACAAUAUGCCCUUCCUCAAGUCCAGGUCAUCCUUCUUCUUUCCCAAGAAAGGAGAAAAGGGAGUUGGCAAUCGAGAUGAAGCAAGACGGCAAUUCCCACCAAUUUCGCCAUCCAAGCCAGCGCCUCCUGUUGCUCAAGCGAUAGCCGCCUCGUCUCAAUCGAAUCUCUUGAAGACUUUGGAUUGCGGAGGUCAUCCCCAGAAGCUACAUUCAACACCUCGACCUGCUGAACCACACAAUCCUGAGACACAUGAAUUCAAACCCGACCAGGAAGACAAUACUGCCCAACAAGCUGCUGUGGCGCCCGUCGUGUUUUCGGCUGAAAAGAACGGCUAUGUGCCCGCGGCGCCGAGAGCUGGAUGCCCGAGAGGCGUCAACCCAUUGCGUAUGCACCCACCUGGAGCGAUGGCUGUGGCGCCUUCCGUCCCAUAUCGAGCAGUACAAGCCUUGCCAGUUGACCGUGAUGCCCUUGUUGACUUACCGCGCGGACGCACAGCGACGCCCAAUAGCGAGGACCGCGAAGGCUCAGAUACGACUUCGCUCGAAGACGCCCCGAUCUAUUCUCCUUCCCUCGGUGAUCUUAGCCAGUAUGCCCGCGAUACACCUCGCUCAACCAGAGCCGUACCCACUGGAAGUAGUAGAGAUCAGAAAGAGAACACACCGUCGGCUCGAAGCCCCGUCAAGAAGGAUCUUGCAGUUAAAGGACAUGUCGGCCCAUUGAAGAAGAGCAGGAGCGGUGUGGGAUUGUUCUCGAGAUCCAAGGCCGAAAAGCCAUCAACAACCGCGAAUCGCAACGGAGCCGAGGCCGAAUCACCGCUGUACCAACGUGAUGGCUAUCAACAGGGCAGGUCAGACAACGGCAACGGGAGGACGGUGAAGAAGAGUAAGAGUUUGCAUUUUGGAGGACUUUUUAAGAGGAAGGAUCCGUCUGACGUGUUGCCCACAAUGGCAUCGUCCGCCUUUCAACCGGCGACCCCUUCCCCGCUUCGAAAGGUGAUGCGCUUUGGCAGUCAAUCAACGCGAGGCGGCGGCAAUUCUCCUACAGCACCGUCGGCAAAGAAAUAG